CACGGCACAACUAUCGGCGGCGGCAACGAGCCAGGACCCUGUUGUGAUGCUACCGUCGCCGCCGGUGCUACUACGCCCUUGCGCUGCCCGGGCCUCCCCGCUUCCGCCCCCUAGACCUAGAGCUGCAAAUCCUAACACCGAGUCGGCGACGACGACAACCGCCGCCACUUCAGCGGACAGAGCGGCCACCAUGGGCGCGGCAGCGUGGUGGCGGCGCGCCCUGGGGCAGCGGUUCAACCCAGCCGGUGUGGCCGCGGUGGCGGCCGUCGCGGCGUCCAAGCCGCGCCUGGCGCUGCCGCACGUGUCGGUGCAAGACAUCAGGUGGCUCGACUGGGCUGAGCUCCGCCGCGCCGGGUUCCGCGGCGUCGUUUUCGACAAGGACAACACGCUCACGGCCCCCUACGCGCCCGCGCUCUGGCCGCCGCUCGCUGCAGCAUUUGACCAGUGCCGUGCGACGUUCCCGCCCGGUGCGCUCGCCAUCUACAGCAACUCCGCAGGGUUGACGGAGUAUGAUCCGGACGGGGUGGAUGCGAGGGCGAUCGAAGCUGUCAUCGAGGGGGUUCAUGUGAUCAGGCAUGAUAUAAAGAAACCAGGUGGACUAGCUACUGAAAUAGAGAGUUACUUUGGUUGUUCAGCCUCAAAUCUUGUGUUGGUUGGUGACCGUUACUUCACUGAUGUGGUCUAUGGAAACAAGAAUGGCUUUCUUACAGUCCUGACAGAGCCUUUAAACAUCACUGAUGAAUCAUACAUUGUCAAAAGGGUUAGGAAACUGGAGGCGUACAUCAUCAGUUAUUGGUACAAGAAAGGGCACAAACCAAUAGAGCAUCCUUUGCUCCCAGAUGCAAGAAGAAUAGUGAAGUUUGACCCAUAUGACGACUCAGUUUCAACCAGAAUAUAAUGUAAUGAUGUAUCUUGCACCUGCUCAUCAGAGAGUGAGAUCUACUGUUUGUAGCUUAGGGUGUGUUUGUUUCCUUCUAAAUUAUAUAAACUGGAUUAUGGUGGAAGGGUAAGACCGUAAGAGAGUAAAAUAUUACAUUGUGACAACAAAUAAGCUGAAAUAAACUAAUAUUGGAUAGCUUAUUUUAGCUUAUUUGUAAUCCCAAAGUGGUACCAUAAUCCAAUUUAUAUAAACAUACAGGGCCUCAGCAGAAGAUUACAAGGGAUAAACAUAUGGUGUGUAGAUUUGCUGUCUCUCUCUUUCACUCUCGCAGAAUGCAAUUUUUCAGG